AAGAACGAAAGAGGAAAAUUUACGCUGCGGAUAACGCCACGCGCUCCGUAGGCCACGAAGUCGAUUAUUUGACGUGUUUCGUUGGUUUCGUUCUCUUUGGAACGAAACAGACUUCGCCUAGUGCCUCGCAGAUAUUUCGAGCCGUUUACUGCCGGGUUCCAACCAGGUUCGGCAUUGGUUCAUUCUACUCGAGUCUUUUGACGCGUUCCGGCGUCCACCCGGCGUUGAUCUAGCAGACUCGCGACGGUGCGAGAAGGCAACAGUGGCAAUCAGCUGUGCGGUCGCGGUCCCGCCGCCCGGCGCCCGGACGCCCGGACCACGACCAACUGCCCGGACGACCGCGAAGUUUCGGAAGGCGUCAUGGCGUCGGCGGCGGCGUCUUCUUCCCUGGGCGUGCUGCGGCAGCAGGCGCGGGCCAUGCUGGAGGCCGGCAUCCAGGCGGUGCUCCCGGGCGCGCUGGUGGCGAAGGCCAUGCGCCGGGAGGGAAAUACCCUGUACCUGGGCAGCCAGCAGGUGCUGCCGCUGGCCCACAACGUGUACCUGGUGGGGUUCGGCAAGGCGGUGGGCGGCAUGGCCCACGUCGCCCAGCAGCUGCUCGGAGACCAUCUGAUCCGGGGGGUGGUCAGCCUGCCUGUGGGCACCAGGCACACGGCAGAACUCUUGCACAAGCCGGAGAUGGUCCCUCGGGAUCCGGUGCAGGUGUACGAGGGGGCCCAGAACAACCUUCCGGAUGACGCCGCCAUGGCGGCCGCCACGGCCAUCGUGACACUCGUCUCUCGCCUGCAGGCCACAGACCUGCUGCUGGUUCUCAUAUCGGGGGGAGGCUCUGCUCUGUUGCCACUGCCUCUGGAGCCCCUGACCCUGAAAGAAAAGGUGGCCACUAUACAGCUCCUGUCCCAGGGGGGUGCCAAGGUCCAGGAGAUUAACUCCGUGCGCAAGCGCCUCUCCGUAGUCAAGGGAGGAAACCUGCUGCGGCACACUCGGGCAAGGGUGGUGUCCCUGAUCCUGUCUGACGUGGUGGACGACCCCUUGGAAGCAAUAGCAAGUGGCCCCACAGUGCCCAACCUGGAGGACGAGGGGCUGGCACUGCGCAUCAUUGACAAGUAUGGGCUGCGCACCAAGGUGGCGCCCAAUGUGGUGAUGCUGCUGGAGCGCCACCUGCACCAGGACAUGAAUCAGCCACAGACCGCCAAGGCAUUCAACCUCCUCAUCGGCAACAAUAAGGUGGCGGCACGGGCGGUUUGCGCCACGGCGCGCCAGCUUGGCUACCAGGCGCACCUGCUGACGACCUCGCUGCAGGGGGAGGCACGCGAGGUGGGCAAGGCGUUUGCCCUGCUGGCCUCAUACCUGUGCCACGAGGAGCCCCCGGAGGGACGCCACUUCUCCAUCUCGGAGGUGACGCCAGUGCUGCAGGUGCGCUACCGGGACCUGGCGCAGCUGAAGGAGUCGGCGAGCCUCUCCUUCUCCCGGGGCCGCCCGGUGUGUGUGGUGGCCGCGGGCGAGACCACGGUGCACGUGCGGGGUUCCGGCCUGGGGGGCCGCAGCCAGGAGAUGGCGCUGUCGGCCGCCCUCGUCCUGGACGCCCUCUUUCCGACCCCCGGGGAGGCCCUCGGCGACCCCCUCUUCCUGGCGGCCGGCACCGACGGCGCCGAUGGCCCCACCGACGCCGCCGGGGCCGUGGCCCACCCGGGCACGGUGCGCGAGGCCAGGGCCCAGGGGCUGGACCCCGCGGCCGCGCUCGAGAACAACGACUCGCACGGCUUCUUCCGCGCCUAUGCGGGCGGGGCCGACCACGUGGUGACUGGCCCCACGGGCACCAACGUCAUGGACCUGGACCUGCUGCUGCUGUGGCCGCGCUUUAUUGGAGGGGCUCGGCAAGCUCCCGCAGACCAGGCCUGAGCCGGCCGUCCGACGCCGUGAGCACCACGCUGGGGACCAGCCCCAGCUGGAGCAGGCUGGCAUCCGGCUGGUCCAGCCGCUGGCCCCCGGGGGACAGCAGCUCCGGCCCCUCCGGGGGACGCUCCUCGAGCUGGUCGAGCAGGAAGGCGUGCACUGCUGCCAGCCGCUCGUGCACCGAGAACGUGCCCUGCGUGGAAACGGGCGUGGUUCUGCGAAAGGCCGCCAGCACGCUCUGCGGAAGAAUGGUCUCGACGCUGCGUGGGCUGCCGGGACCGCUUACGCAAUCUACGAUUGCUUCGUUGUGCGAUUGCCCCGAUUAACCCGGAGUUCCAAGCUGUCCAUAUGGAUAGCCUAUAUCCAUGUUGCUAGGCUAUGCAAGUGGAUAGCGUAUAUCCACGUUGACAAUAUGCACCUAGAGGGGCUGGAUCACCCACCUCGACGAGCAGGCCACAGGGUAGGCGGAUGCGGACCAGCGCAUACUUGUACUGGGACAGGUCGCGCCGCUCGUCCCGUUCCCGCAUGGCCUUGGUCCGCAGCAUCUGUCGGACCUCCACCUCCUUUGUCCUACGCAGUCGGAGGAUCCUUUUUUAAUACGGGAGCGGUACCAAGAAUGGGGUGCCCAAUGGCUAGAGAGGGAAGCUUAGAUGCAAUCAUACAUAAUUUUUACAUAUUAAAACCAUUUCAGAAUAAAGAAUAUUUGUUUACCCUAUUAGGAUUUCUAUUAUAUAUGAAUCACUCGAGCGCUUGUUCCAGGAUUAUAAGCUUGUAUUUACUGUAAAGAGACAGAUAAGCUUGUAAUGCUGAUUAAGGCAUUUAAGUACUGAUUAGUAAAAAAAAAAUACUGACAAAGCGAAGAUAUUUUUUCGCAAGUUGACUUUAGUAAUAAAGUGUUUUCAACACUUCAGGAAAAUUUGUCACAUACGAACAUAUGGAAUACAAACAAGCAUGUCCCAUUAGAAUAAUAAAGCUGACAAUUAACGGGCUUUUCAAACAUUUAUUUUGAUUUUAUCGUUCUAGAGCAAAAGCUUAUUGGAAAAAUUUGGUUAUUUCUGACCUAAACAAUAUCCGUGCCGAUAAUAGGUAGUUGAUGCAACCUUAGAAAUAAAAUGUUAGAGACAAGGAUGGCAAUCAGAGCCUCGGGAGAAAAACGUUUUGUAGUUUUGAAGGAUAAAAUAUUGAACAGAGAAUUAACUCCCCGAUUUUUUAAAUAUUUUUCCUCUUUUAGAGGUUAGCUGGAAGCACGGGGCAAUUAAUCUCAAUGUGCCAGCAAUCCCCCUGGCCACAUACAUACAAGUUACUUGACUGAGCUUGUGCACAUCCACAAAGGUGCUACUACAAAGUCCGUAGACUUGCGUUUUCGAUUUGUACAAUUGCCUGGGUGAAGACUCGAGAAUAAAGAAUAAUUUUUUUACAGAC